UAAAAUGGCAAAAAUUAUUUUAAAUAAUUUAUCUACUUACUCAUCAGAUCAAAGCGAUUUUGGUCCAAAAAAAUAUUUUUUAAAAAUAGAUAAUGUGGAGACGUUUCUGAAACAAGAGUUUUUUACAGAUAUGCUUGAACAAAGUUCGGGAUAUUUUUUUAUAAGAUUUAAUAUCGAUACAGAAUUUUUGAAAUUAGACUCCUCGAAUUGGGAAGGUGAUAAGUAUUACCAAGAAGCGAAAAAAAUAGUUAAAUCAAUCCGUGUUGUAAAUGACACUGCUGAAAGGGGUGUGAAAUUGAUGGAGGAGUUCAAUGAUAAACUAACGAAAAAUGAAGCACAAAAACAAUUUAUACUUCAAGUCGUUCAGAAAUAUCGAAAAGUUUUUCCAGAUCACAAAAAAAAAUCGAUGACAGCAACAUUCUAAUUUAAAUGACAAUUAUGUAAAGAAAAACUAGUACUUUCAUUGACACCUUAG